AGUAACGCUAGACGGCUAUCUUGCUCAGAUUAAAAAAACUGGGGAAAAAACACCCACUAUUUUAGUUGAUGAAAAAGCAUUGAAUAAAGAGAAGUUUUCUUCUUGUUGGUCCUGCCUCCAAGGGCUUUCUGGGUAAUGUGGCUAUAAGAGAGGGGGAAUUUGAGCUUCAUGGCUUUUUUUUAGUUUCUUCAUUUCCCACCAGGAGUCUUUGAGUUCGAAAGGGAUUUGAGAGAAUCUCUGAGGUUAAAAUGGACCGACCGGCAAGGGAACUUGCAUUCCUCAUUCUUGUUCUUGUCCGUGUGUCCCGUCAAGCCAAUACCAUUACAUGGUGUGUAGUAUCUGAUGCGGAACAGCAGAAAUGUCAGGACCUUGCCAGCAAUGCCACAGCCAGAAACAUCCGUGGCAAACUUCAGUGCACCAGGGGCAAUGAUGCUAUAGACUGCAUGGUGAAAAUUAAGAACGGCACAGCGGACGCUGCCUCUAUGAACCCUGACGACAUCUACACCGCCGGCUGGUGCCAUGGGCUGGAGUUGGCGGCUGGGGAGUCCUACAACGGACAGGAUGGCAUCAGUUACUACGUGGUUGCUCUGGCCAGGAGGUCCUCCAGUGACCUCUCCCUGCUGGAGAUGCAUGAGCGCAGCUCCUGCCACCCCGGAAUCCGCACCACCGUGGGCUGGACCGUGCCCAUCGGAUUCCUGGUCAACUCCUCGCAGAUCAGUGUGGACGAGCAGUGCAACUUCCCCCAAGUGGUGGGGGAAUUCUUUGGUUAUAGUUGCGUACCUGGAGUAAAGGACCCAGAACAUGACCCUAGAGGGAAAAAUCCCAAGAACCUUUGCGAAGCCUGCAUCGGGGACGAGAACGAUCGCCACAUCUGCGCCAACAACCACCGGGAGCGACACUUUGGGGAGGCAGGGGCUUUGAGGUGCGUGGCGGAAAAUCUGGGCGACGUGGCCUUCGUCAAACACACGACGGUCUUCGACAACAUGCAGGGUAAAAACCAGGAAUCCUGGGCAAUGGACCUGGAGCUGGAGGACCUGAAGCUGCUGUGCACGGACGGGAUGGAGGCGUCCCUCUUCGACCACAAGACCUGCCACCUGGCCACCGUGCCCGCCAACGCUGUGGUCGUGCGCCUGCAGGACAAGUGCCGGGUCUACAAGUUCCUGGAGCGUGUGCAGACGGCGUUCGGUAACGCCACACAGGGAUUCUCCCUCUUCAGCUCGGCGGCCUACGGGGACACGGACGUCAUGUUCAAUGACGCGACCAAGAAGCUGCUGAGGGUGAUGGGAAGUUACACCUCCUGGCUGGGGCCCAGCUACACCAGCGUGCUGCAGGCCUUCGAAUGUGAAGGUUUGUGUUGAUGGGAUUGGAGGACCUAGCGCCCGACACCCCCACCCCAGCUACCCCGGUAUCCUCCAGCCUCUGCGUGGUGUGGUGGCAGUUAGGGGUCUCCACUCCCAAGCCCUGCGGUUUUCUUUCUGCUCAUGUAUUCUCCUGCUUUGGCUCGUUGUAAUGAAGUAGCUGCAUUUACACGGUGCUUUCCUGCUGUCAGUUCUCACGGUUGGUAUGGGACCACCAUGCCCGCCUGGGAGUCACUGAACACCGCCAGUGGAUUAGCUCUGCUCUCCCUCGCUCGUUUCCAUCCCUCUCCCUGCAAUUUAAUAUGUGGAACUGGCUGCAGAAACACUUUGGCAACUAAGAAGAAAAGGUGGAUUUAAAAGAAUCGGAUUAUGGGGUUGAACCUUUGUAAUGGUGCUGCUAUAUAUAUAUAUAUAUAUAUAUAUAUGAAAUUAACACAUAUCGCUUAUUAGGUGUUUUACAUGCUGCACAAGGGUAAUACGCAAUUAAAGCACAAAGUGGUCAGAGAGGUUUCACGGUAAUGUUUUACCAGGAAAACUUUUUACCUGAUUGUUUCAAAACUAAAAUGCCAUGCUAGGUGCCUGAGAAGCUUAACCUGGCUGUACGGGAUUUUUUUUUUUUUUUGGAAAAUGUUCUCUGUGUUAUGCAAAAGCGUGAGACCUUUACAUUUUUAAUGUAUUAAUAUUGGUGCUUCAAAAGGUGCUGAAAAUUCUCAAGUCUCAAAGUGUCUAAGGAAAGAAAUUAAGUGUCUAUGACAAAUGAUUUAAAUAAAAAGCUAUGUGUAAAUAAUCAUAUUCUGCUUAAAAGUGUAGCAGGGUUGCAUCAAGUAAAUAAAAGCAGCGUUAACACACAAA